GUCUCUUUCAAAUACGUUUUCCACAUCUUUCCCACACACCACUUCUCAGAAUUAAAUGACGAACACGAACAUAUUAUCUACCCUUUUUUUCUUUUCUUGUAUUCUCCAUUUGAUUCUCUUCACCUAAACUUAUCAAAAACAUCACAAACUAAAAAAGUUAAGACGAUAACGAACUAACGAACCAACGCAUUUUGACAAUGAUGUUCCCACUUCUAAACUUAGCCGCGUUAAAUCCAUUCAUUUUUUGUUUUUUUCCCAAAUACUAAAGAGGGCAAAAUCGUCAUUUACCGAUAAUCGCUUCUUCACUCACUUGGGUCCUUAAAAAGUAUCGUCAAAACUCUCUCUCUUCUGCUCCGCUGCGACUUCCUCUCCUUCCACUUUCUCUCUCACAUUCUCCGUCGUCUCUGUUUUCUUUAGGGUUUUUCGAACUUUGUAAUUUAUUUCGGUUACGAGGAAGAAGAAGACGAAAGGUUUCAUUUUUAAGAGUCCUUAAUGGAGAAGAAACAAGGGUUUUUCUCAUCACUCAGAGACGAAGUCGUAAGAGGCUUAUCACCUUCUCGUUCACGACCACGUUCUCGUUCCGCGAGCCCAUCUCGUUCAACAAACCCACACAUGAAAGCUCUUCUCUGGGGGAGAAAGAAACUAAUCGCAAGCUCCGGCUGCAGCGGCGGCGGCGGAGUAAGCGGAGGAGGAGGAGGAGGAUUUUACUUGCCGCAACCAGAGCCGUUGAUUGGGAGAUCCAGUAGUUUAAGACCAGUAAUGGAAGGUCCUGAUCCAGACAACGGUGAAAUUUCUGGAGGGGAUUCGAAACGACUCGGGUCGGGUUUAAGUCAUUGGGUCAAAGGUCAGUGGUCACGUGCUCCGUCCGUGACUUCAACGCCGGUUUAUCGGAGGUCUGAUUUGCGGCUUCUUCUCGGCGUUAUGGGAGCUCCUCUCGCUCCCAUUAACGUCUCUUCCUCCAAUCAUCUUCUUCAUCUCACCAUCAGAGACUCUCCCAUUGAAACAACAUCUGCACAAUACAUUUUGCAACAGUACACGGCAGCUUGUGGUGGUCACAAGUUACAUAACAUCAUUAAGAACGCUUAUGCUAUGGGUAAGCUAAAGAUGAUAACUUCAGAGCUUGAAACUCCCACAGGCACUGUUAGAAACCGAAACUCUGCAAAGUCGGAAACUGGUGGGUUUGUUCUCUGGCAGAUGAAUCCUGAUAUGUGGUACGUUGAGCUCUCUGUUGGUGGUAGUAAAGUUCGUGCUGGCUGCAAUGGCAAGCUUGUUUGGCGACAUACUCCUUGGCUUGGUUCUCACACUGCUAAAGGACCCGUCAGGCCUCUUCGUCGUGCACUUCAGGGACUUGACCCGAGAACUACUGCCACUAUGUUUGCUGAAUCGAAAUGUGUUGGAGAGAGGAAGGUGAAUGGUGAAGAUUGUUUCAUUCUGAAGCUAUGUACUGAUCCUGAAACGCUACGGGCGAGGAGUGAAGGACCAGCGGAGAUCGUAAGACACAUCCUUUUCGGUUACUUCAGCCAAAGAACAGGACUUUUAGCUCAAAUUGAGGAUUCUCAGUUGACCCGUAUCCAAUCUAACGAUGGUGAUGCUGUUUACUGGGAGACCACGAUCAAUUCGUCUCUAGACGAUUACAAACCAGUCGAAGGGAUCAUGAUUGCUCACUCUGGACGCUCUGUUGUUACCCUCUUCAGAUUUGGGGAAGUCGCAAUGAGCCACACUAGGACAAAGAUGGAGGAAAGAUGGACCAUUGAAGAAGUUGCUUUCGAUGUUCCUGGUCUGUCUCUAGAUUGCUUUAUUCCACCCGCUGAUCUUAGGUCUAGUUCGUUAACUGAAGCCUCCGAGUACUCGGGGCAAGAGGAGAAAGGGAAGAGUUCGAUCGCAUUAGCAGCAACAACAGCUCAUAGAGCUAAAGUUGCAGCCUUGGAGAAAGGAAGCUUCGACAAUGAUCCGGUUUGGCAUAUCGAUGUCUGAGUUUGGUAGGGAAGAUGCAAUCUGUGCAUAGUAAUGCUAAUAACAAGACUUGAAAUCAAACUAACUAACCCUUUUGUUUAGCAGCUCACAUAUUAGGAGUUUGAUUACACGAUUGGUUUAUUUAAGUUUCGGUUGUCUUAUUUUCUUUGUCACCUUCAAUAUUAUUGAGUAAGGUGAUGGGAUUGAUUUGCAGCAAGAGAAGGAGAAUUGCUGCUUAAAUGUUGAAUUUGUUUCUUCUGAAAAUUUCAAUCUAUGAAAAGUUAAUGGUUAGUAAGUGAA